CCAUUCCUCCCUCCCUCUCGCCUCCCUUGCCUUUCUAGCCAGCAGUGCCUAAACUCGAUGGUUUCCGGCGCCGCGCCGACCGCUCUAGCUACCCAUGCUUCACUCUUUGGUUUCCGGCUCAGUUCCGGCGGCUCCGGGCCUUCGGUUCACUAGAGACGCGCUCUGCACGUGGAGAGCUGUGUGGACCCCGCGACUUCAUCCACCCCACCGGCAUGUUUGAGGAGCCGGAGUGGGCCGAGGAGGCCCCAGUAGCCGCGGGUCUCCCGCCUGUAGCCUCGCGGCCUCGGCCCGCCUCAGCUUCGCAAAUCAAGGGCUCCAAGCACCGUCAGCUCUUGGCCACAUUACGGGCCCUAGAGGCCGCAUCUCUUCCCCAGCAACCCCCUAGCCUGCCUGGCAGUGACUCUGAGGAGGAUGUGGUGGAAAGGAAGAAGAAACACCCAAAAAAGACCUCAUCUGCCAGUGCUUCUAUUGAAGUAGAGAAGAAGAGGAAGAAGAAAUGUCAACAACAGGGCCCACCUGGCAGUGACUAUGAAGAAAAGGAAGUAAAAAGGAGCAAAAAGUGCCUCAAAGGGGUUCUCAGUGCCAGUGACUCUGCUGAAGAACAGAAAAGAAAGAGGAAAUGCCAGAAACAGGUCCCCUCAAACCCCGCCCAGCACCAGGACAAUGAUAACCAAACAGGUCCCAAAGCUUGGAAGAGUAGUGCGACAAAUGACCAAUCCAAGCAAAGUCCUGGGUCCACUUCUGCCAACCCCCUGCAAACCUUGAGUCGCAAGCAGUGGCGGAACCGACAGAAGAACAAACGUAGACAUAAGAACAAGUUUCGGCCACCUCAGCCACCAGACCAGGCUCCAGCCACAGCCCCCAAAGAGGAGACAGAGAUGCCUCCUGCCCCUAGCCCAGAUAACUGUGAGGAUCGGGCAGGGGCUCUGCGAGCCCGCAUGGCACAGCGGCUGGAUGGUGCCCGAUUUCGCUACCUCAACGAACAGCUAUACUCAGGGCCUAGCAGUGCCGCACAGCGUCUCUUCCAGGAAGAUCCUGAAGCCUUUCUUCUCUAUCACCGCGGCUUCCAGAGCCAAGUCAAGAAGUGGCCACUACAGCCAGUGGACCGCAUCGCCAGGGAUCUUCGCCAGCGGCCUGCGUCCCUGGUGGUGGCUGACUUCGGCUGCGGGGACUGCCGCCUGGCUUCAAGUAUCCGGAACCCUGUGCACUGCUUUGACUUGGCCUCUCUGGACCCCAGGGUCACUGUGUGUGACAUGGCCCAGGUGCCUCUGGAGGAUGAGUCUGUGGAUGUGGCUGUGUUCUGCCUUUCGCUGAUGGGAACCAACAUCAGGGACUUCCUAGAGGAGGCAAAUCGAGUGCUGAAGCAAGGGGGUCUCUUGAAAGUGGCUGAAGUCAGUAGCCGGUUUGAAGAUGUUCGGACCUUUCUGGGGGCUGUGACCAAACUGGGCUUCAAGGUCAUCUCCAAGAUCUUCACGCCAGUAUCUGCAUUUCUUCCGUAGAAGAAACUGGCUAGAUGCUCACCAAAAUGUCCUAUUCAUGGACACACAGUUAAACUCCGUUUCCCAGCUCCUUGCAUCAAGGUGGGGCUCUGUGAAUAGUCCUCACCAAUGGAAAGUGAGUAGAAGUGGUGUUUUACUACCAGACCAAGGCAGCUACAGAGUGGAUGCGUCUUCUCCACAUUCCCACACCCCCUCCUGCCUUCCUCAGUAAUCUUGAAGCACAUGUUUUGAAGACAGUGGAGUCAGAACAUAGAGUCUGAGUCGCUGCUGGGAGGAAAGCUGUCUGACCAAGAACAUCCACAUUGGACUUUAAACAAAAAGAAACCUCUGUUACAUUAAGUUACUGAGUUUUGGGAACGUUACAGAAGUUAGCAUUAUAUACCCUGGCUAAUAUAUGUUUUCUGGGCACCCUGUCCACCUUACUCUAGAUCACAAAACCCUUUUUGUUUCCUUCAGGGUGCUUCAAACAUACCGUUUACCAGGUGCCAAUCAACACUCCUACCUGUCCCAUAACUUUGAAUCUUAAUUGAGAGAAAAAAUGCUCACAUGAGGAAGUUGAGAUACUCAUUUUAUCAGUUGCAUUUUUUUUUUUUAAGAUUUUAUUCAUUUAUUUGACAGAGAACACAAGCAGGGGGAGCGGCAGGCAAAGGGAGAGGGAGAAGCAGGGAGAUCCCAGGACCCUGGGAUCAUGACCUGAGCCGAAGGCAGAUGCUUAACCGACUGAGCCACCCAGGCGCCCCUGUCAGUUGCAUUUUGAUUGUGACCAGAAGAAAAUAUCCCACUGAAGAAUGUCCUAAACAAAUUAGAUUUUUAUUCUAAUAUUAUUAGAAACCCAAAGGUAGGUGGCUGGUGACAUUGGUUUAGGAACUCAAGGAUGUUAUUAGAUCUUUGUUACUCUUGGUCUCUUGAUUCUGAUGGUCACAAGGUGAUGUGUUCUUGAUUGGGCAGGGACACCCUACUUUUUUACUUCUUGGGAGUCUCGCUGAUUGCCACAGCCCUUACCUUUUUGACCUUACUUCAAGGGUCUUUCUACAUUGUUAAUACUCUGGUGUAAAUAUGUUUCAUUAUUCUCUACAACAUAACUGAGGCCAAUCUAAAAUAUUAGCAUUUUAAAUAUAUUUGUCUCCCUCAUCUCUUCCCACACCUCAGUGACCUGUGAGCAACUUAUCCAAUUCAGAGCUGUUCUUCCUCCCGCUCAGUGGGGUGGGGAAACAUGGUCUGUUGCUUUCACUCAUUCUUUACCUCCUCUGUUACUUAGGAUUGGGAUGGGGAGGGCACAUUGGAGGAGAAAAAGCUAAACUCCCAUCAGUGUGCUCUACUAAGACAGGCAUUUAAAUGUUGCCUCUGUGUGAGCUAUUGGGGUUCUCUGGAGGCCCCAUGGGGACUUGUGCACUGACUGGCUUUGCUUCCCUCCUUAUAAUACACAGCCCACACUCCCCUUCAGCUCCUGCCCCUGUCCGUGAAUCCACAGCCUCCUAAUACUAAUACCCCCCCCCACCCCCCCCCACCCCCGGGCAGCCCUCCUGGGAGCGGUUCCAGCAAACACCUCAAGACUGGUUUUCUUUCAAGAAGCCCACUGGAAACUCAUGCAUAUUUGUCCCACCAGACAGUGAAAGUGCAGGCCACCCAGCAGCUGACUCCUCUCUCCCUGCUUGCCCCUGCCAGCCCGACUGACUUCUCCAUAUGAGAAAUAAAGCACCAGUCUCUACAGUCAUAGGACUCCAAACCUUCAUAAGUGAUUCAGGUUCUAUUCUCCCAAGAAGCCUUUGCCCCAGGCUCCACCUCAGUGGUCAUAUGGAGAUGGCUCUGUUAAGUUUCUGGGUGUGGCAGACCUCUAGCUAGAGAAUGUAAUUGGAAUGAAUAUAAAGCCUGUCCCUUGUGGAAACACAAAAUGACUACAGAUGGUUCUUUGGAGCCCUCCUCACUUGAUUUAGGAUGGAGGGAACAGCACUGCACCUUUUCCUUUCAGGGAGGAAAAGUUCUCUAUUCCUAAAAAUUCCCAUCAGUGCAUCUUUCAUUUCCCACUUCUCAUACAGUAGAAGGUUGGGGGGCUCUGGAUCAGCUUUAUUAUCUUAGGAGUAAAUCCUAUGUGGAUAUACCCAGCACCUUCAUUAGAAUGUGUCAGUACCUGUUACCUAUUGUGUUCAAUUUUGGUGUAUUACCCAAAGAUCUUAGACAACUGAAAACCUCAUUUAAUGUCCUCGUUCUUAUGUACAUAUUCUUAGGAAGUGUGAACUGUUUGUGUGUGUACGCUUUAUUUAUAUAGAGUGUUACUGACCACAUAUUCUUACUUUCCCACCCCCCUCCCUCACUCAGCUGUGUUUUUAAUAUCCAUUCACCUAUCAAUCAGGGCCCUGUCAGGAAAAUGCAAACCACACUAAGUAUUUCAAGUGACGGCAUUUAAUACGGAGAAUUGAUUCCAAGUGUCAGAAGGCUGAAUGAAAGAGUAGGAAGAAGUUGCUGAUGUAUUUCGGAAAUUAAUAACUGGAGAUAUCCGAGAACAUCCCAAGUCCUGGGACAACAAACAGGAAGAAGUGGUAUAAUCACCGGAAACUAGGAGCUCAGAGAAGGGGCCCCUUUUGGCUGAUACUCAGAGCUUUGUGGGGGAAGCUCCUUCCACGUACCUAGUGCUUGGACAUCUGAGGAAGGGCAUGAUGGCUUGUCUGCUGCUAAAAUCUCUUGACAAGUGUGGCGAAGCUGCUGCUAAAUGCAGAAGCGGCUAGUAGCUGGAAACAGCUGCCUGCCCCUGAAGUAGGGUGACAGCAUCUGGAAAACAGGAAUGAAGGGCCUUCCUCCUGACUUUCACUUUCAGUUUCCCUUUAGGAUGUCCCAUUGACAGGACCUAAUGGAACCAGCUGGCAGUAGAUUCUGGGAAAUAAGAGUUUGCAGAAUCUCAGCUGCUGCAACACAACCAGAGUGUGUUAAGGGGGUGGGCGGAGAUAAUGUAGUGGUUUAGGAGCCCAAAGAAAAUAGGUAAACAAGGGAUAUAACCCAUGUCGUUUCUGAUGACUUUGUCAUUUCUGUCAGCCACAUAGUAAUAUGCCUCCAUUCACCUUGUUGCUUCAAAUUCUUUGCUACCUGGAGAAAUUAAAAUCCUUGGAGCUAGCGUUCUUAUAAAAAUUAUGUUCCAUCAAUUAGAUGCACUCACGGGAUUUGGGAGGCCAGGGUCAUCCUCCUGCUGCUUGGCUGUUGCUGCUGGAAAGCAGGUUUAUCUAGAUGUUGGGCUCUCUGUAGCCACCUUCCCACUGACGCCAAGGAUGAAGUAAGGAUGCUUACUGUAAUGGCUGAAGUUCCACAUGGGACGGAGGUUCAACAGGUAAAAUCCCAUCUACUCUGUGACACGUACAGAGUUUGGCUAUAACAAAGUGUGGUUAAGAAGAGAAAGUCCUGGGAGGACAUCAGUAAGUAAUAAGAACUUGUGAGAAGUCCAAGGAGUGAGGCUUAGAAAACAGACUGGACCAGGAGAGGAUGGAAAGCUGUAAAGACUAGGGUCACAAUUCAGAGUCAAUCCGGUUAGGAUGGCGCUUCUGGCACCGUUGCUGCUGGACUUCUUGUCUCUUUCAUUGCUGCAUCGAUUGAUGCUGAGAAUUGAGUUAAGCCUCUUUGUGGUCCUGUUUUAGGAUUGGCUCAUGAAAGCCCCCUCUUCUGUUCUUUGUUUCCUUUAUUCCUGAUUCUCACUCUUCUGUUCCUCACCCAAAGGUGUUUGUUGCAUGUCCCUAGAUACAUAUGUAUCUUUGGGCAGAUACAUGGUUUUGGUAUAUAUGUGUUGUGGCAGAAACCUGCCAGGUGUUCCUCACACCCAUGUUCUUCUUCCUGGGAAAUCAGCCGGACUCUGUUUCCCAGCUCCCCUCAUGCUUAAGUGUGGCCACAGGAUUAAAUCUAGCCAGUUGGAUGAUAGCAGAACUAAUGUGUGCUACUUGCAGAUUUGGAUCCUUAUAUUUUCCUAUGCAUAGUCCUCUGUUAUCCACUAUGGCCACCUUCAUGCAUUUGCACAUGUGACCUUGAAAGCUACAUGCUGAAGAUGCUGGAACCAAAAGAUGGAGGGAGCCUAGAUCCCUGAAACAUCACUUAGAGAAGAGCCACCCACCAAUUAGUGAUGUAGGAAAUGGUGGGGUUCAGAGCUGAUGGCCAAGAAAGAAUUCUUGAGAUGUCUUUGGUGCAAAAAGAUGGUUUUAUGAAAGCACGGGGACAGGACCUAUGGGCAGAAAACUGCACUGGGGUCAUGAGGAGUGGCCGAUUAUAUACUUUCAAGUUGGGAGGGGGUGAGGGAUAGCACAGGCUUUGAGGUAUUUAGGGAUAGCACAGGUUCCUAGUACCUUGAGGAGGCUAGCUCUUGUUGGGAAAAGGUCAUUUAUUACUGUUUAGGUUAAGACAGUUUCCCAGCUCUCAUCACUUAGGAAAUUCCAAUGGUUUUAGAAGCUCUGUGUUAGAAAUGGGAGGAAGACCAAAUAUGUAUUUUUUAUUAUAAAUCACAGUAUCACAGGCUUAACUAGUAAGACUAUACAGAAAAGCAGGGAAGUUAAUGUCAUGAGAGUCAGGAUGAUGGUAACUUUGUUUUGUAUGGCUGAGAGAAGCCCCAGAUAUCAGUGGGCCAGAUGCUGGGAGGAUGCUUGUCAACGUGUAUCUUGGGGGAGUUUAGAGAUAAAGGAAAUUUCCAAAGUAGUUUUUAAAUGUUGAAAUUGACUGACAGGAUCCUGGGGGGUCGGGCUAAGAUUGCCUUUUGCCGUUAGCAAAGUGUUAACAUCGAGGCAGCUGAGUUCCUAGAGGAAUGUCACUCUUCCUAUUUCAAGGAUUUGUCAGUGGACUGUAAGUAGUAAGGAAAUUUAAUUUUUCUUUUGCCUUUGUUCUCCACAUCAUUAGGAACACCUGUUUUGGACUUCACAUGAGUGAGAAAUCAUUUUCUUUAUGGUUCAACCAUUACACCCUUGAAGGUUUGUUGUUAAAGCAACUAUUGAUCUUUUUUUUCAAAUCCCUUUUAGUUAAACACAUCAGAAAAGUAAACAAAACACACAUCCGUAUAGAAAAGUAAAUGAAACAAAAAUGUUUAGCCCAUUGUUUGUCACAGGCCAGCACCAUUGUAACCACCAUCCAAAUUGAGAAAGCCUCAGCACCUGAAAGCCUUUUAUGCUACCUCCCAAACAUUAACCACUUUCUUCUCUCAGCCAUACAAAGUUACCAUCAUCCUGACUCUCAUGACAUUAAUUUCCCUGCUUUUCUGUAUAGUCUUACUAGUUAAGCCUUGUGAUACUGUGAUUUAUAAUAAAAAAUACAGGGGCGCCUGGGUGGCUCAGUCGUUAAGCGUCUGCCUUCGGCUCAGGUCAUGAUCCCAGGGUCCUGGGAUCAAGCCCCGCAUCGGGCUCCCUGCUCGGCGGGAAGCCUGCUUCUCCCUCUCCCACUCCCCCUGCUUGUGUUCCCUCUCUCACUAUGUCUCUGUCUGUCAAAUAAAUAAAUAAAAAAUCUUAAAAAAAAAAAAAAACGUAUUUGGGCUUCCUCCCAUUUCUAACACAGAGCUUCUAAAACCAUUGGAAUUUCCUAGUGAUGAGAGCUGGGAAACUGUCUUUUGUGUUAAUGAGACAACUUUUGUAAUGCCCCAAGUCACCUGGGAUGGAAGGUUUGCCUUCCCACAUGCUUUGUCCUAAGCAUCUUUUCCACCUGGAUGUUAAGCUGCAUUCUUUAUUGUAUUCUUUUAUAAGAAACCAGUAAAUGUAAAUAAACUGUGAGCCAUUCUAGGAAAUUAAUUGAAUCCCAGGAGUGGGGCGGUCAUUGGAAUCUCCAAUCUGUAGGCAGUUAGAAGCACCAGUUGAAACCUGGAUUUUCAACUAGUGUCUGAUAUGAGGGAGGAGGGCAGUCUUGUAGGACUGAGCCCUAAAUCUGUGCAAUCUGAUGCUGUCUCUAGGCAGAUAGUGUCAGAAUUAAGGUGAGUUGUAGGACAACCUGCUGGUGUCUCAGAGAAUUACUUGUUGGUAUGGGGGACCCCCCCCAUGGUGGAAUUCAGUGCUCAGACCCCUUUUUAAGUACCUAUACCUAAAUAGUAUAUAUUUCCAUGUGUCUGGCUUCUUUUACUCAACAUUAAGUUUAUGGGAUUCAUCCAUGUUGUUGAGUACAAAUGAAUUUCUUUCACUGUUAUUACUGUAGAAUUAUCCUGUUCUGUGAGUAAAUUACAACUGUAAACCACAGUUGAUUGAUUCAACUAUUCAUGUACACUUUUGAGUGGUAUAUCAAUUAGAAUGGGCUGGGCCAUGCUGCAGGAAAUAAAAAUCCAAAAUGUUAAUGGCUUAACACCACAGAAGAGGCAGGGACUACUCAUAGUCACUCAGGGUCCCUAGCCAAUGCAGUACAUGCUUCCAAAAGGAAAGAAAAGGGAACAAGGCACAUCACUCCCUGGCACCAGAAGUUUCAGCCCAGAAGUAACACAUGCCCUUUUUCCCUCUAUGUAAUUGGCCAAAACAAGUCUCCUUGCCAUGUAUAACUCCAUAGUUGAUAAGAAAGUGCACAGUAUGGAAGUUCCUCAAAAAGUUGAAAAUAGAGCUACCAUACGAUCCAGCAAUUGCACUACUGGGUAUUUACCCCAAAGAUACAAAUGUAGGGAUCUGAAGGGGUAUGUGCACCCCAAUGUUUAUAGCAGCAAUGUCCACAAUGGCCAAACUAUGGAAAGAGCCAAGAUGUCCAUCGACAGAUGAAUGGAUAAAGAAGAUGUUGUGUGUGUGUAGACACACACACACACACACACAAUUCAAUAUUCAGCCAUCAAAAGGAAUGAAAUCUUGCCAUUUGCAACGAUGGGGAUGGAACCUGGAGGGUAUUACGCUGACCAAAAUAAGUCAAUCAGAGAAAGACAUGUAUUAGAUGAUCUCACUGAUACGAGGAAUUUUUAAUCUCAGGGAACAAACUGAGGGUUGCUGGAGUGGUGGGGGGCAGGAGGGAUGGGGUGGCUGGGUGAUAGACAUUGGGGAGGGUAUGUGCUAUGGUGAGUGCUGUGAAUUGUGUAAGACUGUUGCAUUACAGACCUGUACCUCUGAAACAAAUAAUACAUUAUAUGUUAAAAAAAAAAAAAAAGAUAGCAGGAGGGGAAGAAUGAAGGGGGGAAAUCGGAGGGGGAGACGAACCAUGAGAGACUAUGGACUCUGAGAAACAAACUGAGGGUUCUAGAGGGGAGGGGGCGGUGGAGGGAAGGGUUAGCCUGGUGAAUGAGUAUUGAGGGCACAUACUGCGCGGAGCACUGGGUGUUGUAUGCAAACAAUGAAUCAUGGAACACUACAUCAAAAACUGAUAUAUGGUGAUUAGCGUAACAUAGUAAAAAUAUAUAUAUAUAUAUAUAGUUCAAGGUAAAAAAAAAAAAAAAGAGGGCGCCUGGGUAGCUCAGUUGGUUAAGCGACUGCCUUCGGCUCAGGUCAUGAUCCUGGAGUCCCUGGAUCAAGUCCCGCAUCGGGAUCCCUGCUCGGCAGGGAGUCUGCUUCUCCCUCUGACCCUCCCAACUCUCCCCCCUCUCAUGUGCUCUCUCUCUCAGUCUCUCUCUCUCAAAUAAAUAAAUAAAAUCUUUAAGGAAAAAAAAAAAAGAAAGAAAGUAAGUACACUCCCACCAUGUACCCAGGGGGAAGACAAACAAGAUUUGUGAACCACCUAAUAACCAGUUUCUGAUUCCUGCAAAUAAUGUUAUGAAUAAUCUUGCAAAUGCCUCUUGUGCGUGUGUACACAUUUAGGUUGGGAAUAUAACUAGGAGUAGAACUGUUUGGUUGUAAAGUAUGAAUAUCCUUAAACUUUAGCAGAUAAUGCCAAACUGCUCCAAAUUUUUCAAUUUAUACUCUUCAUCAAGAAUAUGAGAGUUUGUAGCGGGAGGGGAAGAAUGAAGCGAGGGAAAUCGGAGGGGUAGACGAACCAUGAGAGACGAUGGACUCUGAAAAACAAACUGAGGGUUCUAGAGGGGAGGGGGGUGGGGGGAUGGGUUAGCCUGGUGAUGGUUUUUUUUUUUUUUUUUUUUUUUUUUUCUGGUGAUGGGUUUUAAAGAGGGCACGUUCUGCAUGGAGCACUGGGUGUUAUGCACAAACAAUGAAUCAUGGAACACUUCAUCUAAAACUAAUGAUGUAAUGUAUGGGGAUUAACAUAAGAAUAAAAAAAAAGAAUAUGAGAGUUUAAUCCAUAUGAGAAUUCACUUUAUUUCAUAUCUCUGCUAUCUUGUGGCAUUUCCCCCCAGUUGUAUGUGUAAUGUUAAUGUCAUUUGGUUUUACUUUGCAUUUCCCUGAUUACUAAUGGGAUUGAUCUUUUCAUGAUUCUACUGGCUAUUUGAAAAUACUCUUCUAUAAAGUGCCUGUUCAAGUCCCUUGCCCAUUACUAUUGGAUUAUCUUUUUCUUACUGUUUUUGGAGUUCUUUGGCUAUAUACCGAAUAUAACCCCUUUAAGUUAUAUGUAUUACAAGUAUCCUCUCCCAUUCUGCAGUUUGCCUUAUCACUCUUCAUGGGUGUUUAUUGAUGAAUAGAAGUCUUAAUUUUAAUAUAGUCUAGUUUAUCGAUCAUUCCCUUAUGAUUAAUGCUGUGUGUACCUAUUUAAGGAGUCAUUCCUACCCCCUAAUGGUGAAGAUAUUCUACUAAAUUAUCUUUUGGAAGUAUUUGUAUUUUGCCAGCAACCCAUGUGCAACUGAUUUUUAUGUGUGGUUAGAAGAGGAACCUGAGUUUAAUUUUAUUUCCAUCUGGAUAUCUAAUUAAUCCAAAACUGUUCACUGAAAAAACCUUCCCAUUGCUAUGCAUUGCCUCCUUUCCAUAUUUUUCUCUGUAUAUGUGAGCCUGUUUUCUGAUCCUAAUCCAUUCCUAGAUCUAUAUGUCUAUCUUGGCACCAGUACCUCACUGUUUUCAUUGCAAUAGUUUUCUAAUAUUAGUCCUCAUGGUUGGUACAGCAUGUCCCACACAAUUUUUCUUUUCCGAAAGGACUGUUGUUGACCCUUUGCAUUUUCAUGAUUGUCGAGCUCCCCAGACACCCUGAUGGGAUUUUCUUACACUGGAUCAGUUUGGGGUGAAUUACAAUAGUGAGUCUUCAAGUCUGUGGCCUAUAUGCUCCAUUUCUUUAAUUGCUGUCAAUAAUAUUUUAUAGAUUGAUGUACAGAGUUCUGCAUCUCUUUUUUUUUUUUUUAAAGAUUUUAUUUAUUUGACAGAGAGAGAGAUAGCGAGAGCAGGAACACAAGCAGGGGGAGUGGGAGAGCGAGAAGCAGGCUUCCCGCCGAGCAGGGAGCCCAAUGCGGGGCUUGAUCCCAGGACCCUGGGAUCAUGAGCUGAGCCGAAGGCAGACGCUUAACGACUGAGCCACCCAGGUGCCCCAGAGUUCUGCAUCUCUUUUGUUAGAUUUAUUCCUUGGCAUUUACUCGUUGUUUUUUUUUUAAUGACUUACAAAUGGGAUCUUUUAAAAUUUCAUUUUCUCCUUGCUUAUACAUAGAAAUACAUUACUAUUUUUUAUGUGUUGACCAUGGAGCAGCACCUUUACUAAAUAUAAAUAACCUCAUUUACUAAUUAAUUCAAUAAUAUAUCUGUAUUUUUUACUUUUCUACAAACAUACUCAUUAUUUCUGAAGUUAUCAAUUUUAUUUCAUUCUUUCCAAUUUUGUACCAUUUAUUUCUUUUUCUUGCUUUACUUCACUGGCCAGGAGAUCUGUUACUGUGUUCAAGAGAAGUGAUGUUGGUGGAAGUGCUUGUCUCAUUCUCAAACUUGAAAGAAAAGCUUUCAGUAUUUCAUCAUUGGGUAUGAUAUUUGCAGUGAGGUUCUGAUUAAUGGUUGUCAGAUUAAUGAUGUGCCUUUCUGUUUGCUAUUAUUUUUAUCAUGAAUUGGAUUUCAAAUUUUGCCAAAUGCUGCUUUUGAAUUGAGAUAUCAUACAUAUUUUUUAAAAGUUCUGUCAGUGUAAGGGUGUUUGGGUGGCCCAGUCAGUUACAUCUGACUCUUGGUUUGGCUCAGGUCGUGAUCUCAGGGUCAUGAGAUUAAGCCCUGCACUUUGAAACUCUCCCUCACCCCCCGCCCCCUGUCACACACACAUUCUCUCUCUCUCAAAAAAAGAAAUCUUUAAAAAAAAAAUUCUGUCAAUGUAGCAAGUAAUAGAUUCAUUUCCAUAUGUGAAAUCAACCUUGAAUUUUUAGAAUAUAAUCACCUUAGUUGAUUAUUAUCCUUUUUAAUAUAUUGCUGAAAUCAAUUUGGUAAUAUUUUGCAUAGGACUUUUACAGCUAUGCUCAUGAGUGAACAUAUUUUCCUAUAAAUCUUUUUUUCUCAAUACAGUGCUUUUAAUUAAGUGCUAUACAUUGUUGCUAUAUGUACCUUUAACUCACUUUUCCUCUUCAAAUGCUCUAAUGGCUUCCCAUCUCACUCAAAUAACAUAGUCCAGAGUUCUUACUGUGGCCUAAAAGGCCCUGCAUUUGUGAUGCCUAGGUGGCUCAGUCAUCAAGCGUUUGCCUUCAGCUCAGGUCAUGAUCCCAGGGUCAUGGGAUCAAGCCCCACAUCAGGCUCCUUGCUCAGCGGGAAGCCUGCUUCUCCCUCUCCCACUCCCCCUGCUUGUGUUCCCUCUCUCGCUGUGUCUCUCUCUGUCAAAUAAAUAAAAUCUUAAAAAAAAAAUUUUUUUUUAAGUUAAAAAAAGGCCCUGUAUUUUCUGGAUUCCAGUUAUCUAAUACUCACUCCCUCUACUCAUGUCUUUUCAGCUACACAAUCCACCAUGCUAUUUAUUGAAAAUGCUAGGCAUGCCCCUGCCACGGGGUCAUUGUACUUAAUAUUCCUUCUAUGUGGAUUGUUAUUUCCACGAUAUCUACAUGGCUCACUAUGCACUUUAUUCAGGUCUCUGUUCAAAUGUCAGUUUUUAUAGUCCCCCCCCCCUCUACUGGCCUUACCAUGCUUAGUUUUUCUUCAAGGAACUUAUCAUCACCUUUUAAGUUAUACAUUCAUUUGUUUAUAUGAUUACUGUGUAUUUCUCCACAUUAGAAUGUAAAUUCCAAGGCAGCAGGGACUUGAUCUAUUUUAUUCAGUACUGUACUCCUAGGAUCUAGGACUUACUUGCCUCCAAUGUCUGUGUAGUGUUCCAGAGUGUCUGUUUAGAACUUUUAACAUAUCCAUACCCCUAGUAAAGGACAUUUAGAUUAUGCAAAUCUUGUGACCACAAAAAAUUGGGUAGAGAAUUUUCUUAUAAAUGUUCUCUUAAAAACGUAUGUUGAGUCUUGCUUCCAGAUUUCAAGUUAAUUUGUCAGGCCUUUAUUCCCUUAUAAAAUAUAACAAAAUUGGGGCACCUGGGUGGCUCAGUCGUUAGGCAUCUGCCUUCGGCUCAGGUCAUGAUCCCAGAGUCCUGGGAUCGAGCCCUGCAUCGGGCUCCCUGCUCAGCGGGAAGCCUGCUUCUCCCUCUCCCACUCCCCGUGCCUGUGUUCCUUCUUUCACUUUGUCUCUCUCUGUCAAAUAAAUAAAAUCUUUAAAAAAAUAAUAAAAAUAAAAUAUAACAAAAUUAACAACUAUAAAAUCUAAACAAAAUGUAAGCCAAAAAGCAACUAUUUGAAGACACUGAAAAGUGAACAAAAGCAGGCAAAAACUAGAGGAGAAUUUACCCUUAAAAGACUUCAACUGCAGUGGGUAAAAUGUGAUUUUGUGGUCUUUGCCUAAAGGUUCUUCCCAACCCCACCCCAUCUACCAGUUCCAAAGGCAGAAAACCACAGCCUUACUGGCUCAAAAUAACAGAGAACAGAGUUCAGGGCUAGUAAAGCAGCUGGAAACUUAAGAGCAGAAAUCCUGGAAGUGAGAGAGUGGCAUGAGGGGUAAGACCAAAAUAUGAACAUAAACUCUGCCCAAGUCUUUGUGUGACUGCUAAAGUACACAUGCACGGAGGAGACUCGGGACCUACCAAAUAAAGCGGGCAGAGUCCAGUGAAGAGUCUUCCUUUGAAUGACAGAAGUGCACUGGCCAAGAUGUGCAAAUUUGCUACUUUUUUGACUGAGUGCAUUCCUCAAUUCAUGUCCAGCUUGGGUAGCAACUGAAGUGUCAGAGGUCAGGGUUUGGUAAUGGAGAACAGCUGGAAAUUUAAAUGGAAAACCCCAGAAGCAAAAUGACUGUAGUGGAAGUGAGCCCCAAAAUCUGAGCCAAAGUCUGCUCACAUCUUGGGCCAGUGACUAAACUAUAUAUAUGGGAGAUGCCCUGAGACCAGGCUUUAAAAAAAAAAAAAAAAGCAAGCUGCUGCUAGAAGAUGGAAGAAAUAAGCACAACUAUCUACUGUUACAUAACACAGGAAAUAAAAGAUUUGCAAUUUAAGCCUACCCUCACCCCAGAUCGCCUGCUAUAACUACACCACCAAUAAAUCUUCAGAAUAUAAGAGAAGGAAAACUUACUACAUAUUAUCCACAACAACCAGCUUUCAAACAAAAUUACCAGACAUGCAAAUAAACAGGAAAUUAUAACCCUGUUAGAAAAACAUGAAAUUAUAAACAGUAAUUUAUACUCAGGGUAAAGGACACUCAAUAGAAAUUGACUCUGGGGGGCUCAGAUAUUGGAUUUAGCUGUCAAAUACUUCAAAGUAGCUGUUAUUAGUGUGCUCAAGCAAUGAAAGGAAAAUAUGUAUAAGAAACUAAAGGAAAGUAUGGCUUGAGUGAAUAUUACAGAUAGGGAACCUUGCCAGAGACAGGAACUACAAAAAGGAACCAAAUGGAAAUUCUAGAACUGAAAAGUAUAAACUUUUUAAAAAGGGGUAAGAGAAGAACAAUAUCAAUCACUCAAUUUGAAUAACAGAGAAGAUAGACUGAAAGAAAUGGACAGGGCCUCAGGAACCUGUGGGAUUAUAACAAAAGAUCUAACAUUGUGUCAUCAAAAUCCCAGAAGGAGCUGAAAAAGCACUUGAUGAAAAAUACUUGAAAAUUCCCCAGAUUUUGACAAGAGACAAGCAGAGUGAACCCCAAAUGAUAAACAUGAAAAAAAAAUCAAUAUCAAACAUAUAAUGAAGCUUCUGAAAACUAAAUUAAAAAAAUAUAUAUUGAAAGUGGCUUAAAAAAAUGACACCUUACCUAAAAGAAAACAAUUUGAAUGACAGGAGAUUUCUCAUGAACCAUGGAAACUAUAGGGAGUAGUAUGAUAUUUUUCAGGUUUUGAAAGAAAAGAACUAUUAACUCAGAAUAUUAUACCCAGUGAAAAUACUCUUCAGGAAUGAAGGGGAAAUUUGGACAUUCUCAGAUGUAGGAGAAUUUGUCACCAGCAGACUUACCCUAAAAGAAUAACCAUUCUUUUGGUUAUUCUUUAUUUGGUUAUUCUUUAUUGGAAUAAAGUUAUUUGAACAGAAAGGGUGAAAACAACUUCUGCAAAAAUUAAUUAAAGCAGGAGUAGCUAUAUUAAUACCAGAUAAAGUAGAGAAGGAGAAUUUGACAAAGACAGGGAAGGACAUUAUAUAAUGAUAAAUGUAUCAAUGCAUCCAGAAGACAUAAAACAAUGUAAAUGUGUAUAUACCAAAUAAUAUUGUGCAAAAUAUAUGAAGUAAAACUGAUAGAACAGAAAGGAGAAAUAAAACCAAACCACAAUUGCAGUUGGGGACUUCAACACCCCUCUCAAAAAUUGGAAAACAACUAAGACAGAAAAUCAACAAGUAUACAGAAGGACUCAACACUUCUUCCACCAGUAUAAUCUAAUUGACAUUUAUAGAAUACUUCACCCAAGAAAAUACACAUUAUUUUCAAGUACUCAUGGAACAUAUACCAAGAAAGGCUCUAUCUUGGGCCAUAAGAUAAAUUUUGAAAAAUUUAGAAGAACUGAAAUCAUAUAGAGUGUGUUCUCUGGCCACAACAAAAUCAAACUAGAAAUCAGUAACAGGAGAAUCUUCAAACGUUCAGAAGCUAAACAAUGUACUUACAAAUAAUCCAUGGGUCAAAGAGACAGGGAAAUUAAAAGUUACAUUGCAUGUAAUGAAAAUGAAAAUACAACAUAUCGAAAUUCGUGCAGCUAAAGCGAUGGUGAGAGGGAAGUUUAUAGCACUAAAAGCAUACAUUAGAAAAGAGAGUCUCAAAUGAAUAAUCAAAACUCCCACCUUGAUAAUCUAGGGGUGAAAAAGAGCAAAAUAAAUCCAAAGCAAACAGAAGAAAGGAAAUAAUAAAGGUAAGAGCAGAAAUCCAUGAAAUUGACAACAGAAAAACUGUGGAACAAAACCAAUGAAACAAAGGGCCAUUUCUUUGAAAAGAUGGAUAAAAUUACAAACCUCUAACAAGACUAACAGAAAAGACACAAAUUAUCAACAUCAGGAGUAAAAUAUUACUACAGAUCUUACAGACAUACUAUAUAAAGUAAUACUACAAAUAACUGGAUAGACACAUAUUUGACAGCGUAGUUAGGAUGGAACAAUUCCUCCAAAAAACCCCACGAGUAUUACAACUCAUGCAAUAUGAAAUAAAUAACUAACCCUAUAAACUAUUAAGGAAAUUAAACUUACAAUUUUAAAACUCCCAAGAAAGAAAUUUCUAGACCCUGAUUAUCUGUCUCACUGAGGAAUUCUACCGACUGUUUAAAGAAUAACACUAAUUCUGCACAACCUUUUUCAGAAAAUAGAAAGGAACACUUCCCAAUUCAGUUUAUGGAGCUAAUAUUACUCUGAUAUCAAAACCAGGAAGAGAUGGUAUAAACAAAACUACAGACCAAUAUCCCUGAUGAAUAUAGGCACAAAAAUCUUCAACAAAAUAUUAGCAAAUAGAAUCCAGCAAUAUAUAAAAAAGAAUUAUAUGCCAUGGCCAGAUGAAAUUUAUUCCAGGAAUACAAAGACUGGUUCAAUAGUAGAAAAUCAAUGUAAUUCACCAUAUUUAAAGGCUAAAGAAAAAAGUCAUAGGAUUACAUCAAUUGAUAAGAAAAGACAUUUGACAAAAUUCAGCACCCAUUCAUGAUAAAAACUCAGAAAACUAGGAAUAGAGAGGAAUUUCCUCAACUUCAGAAAAAAUCUCUUAAAAAUCUAUAGCUAACAUUACACUUAAUGGUGAAAAAAUUGUAUGCUUUUUUCCUAAAAUUGAAAAGAAUGCAAGGAUUUCCAUUCUUAUUCAGAAUAGUGCUAGAAGUUCUAGCUAAUGUGGUAUGGAAGAAAAGGAAAUAAAAGGCAUACAGAUCAGAAAAGAAGACUCAAACUGUUGCUAUUUACAGUUGACAUGUUUGUCUAUAUAGAAAAUCCCAAAGGAUCUACAAAACCCCAGCAGGGUUACAAGGUACAGAAUAAACAUACAAAAAAAAAAAAAAAAAAAACCAUGGUUUUGUACACUAAAAAUGAACAUGUAGACACUGAAAUUAAAAAUACCAUUUAUACUUGCUCACAAAGAAAUAUUUAGUUGGAAACCUAAAAUACAUUUGUAGGACUUGUAUGGUAAAAACUAUACAAUGCUGAUGAAAGUAAUCAAAGAUCUAAGUAAAGGUAGAAACAUACCAUGUUCACAGAUUGCAAAACAUAACAUGGUAAAGAUGUCAUUUGUGUACACAUGUAAACCACAGAGGAGGGCUUAACACAAUUCCUAUCAAAAUCCCAGCAUGAUUUUAUGUAGAUAUAGGCAAGAUCAUUCUAAAAUUUGUAUGGAAAGGCAAGGGAACUAGAAUAGGAAGAGAGUUUUGAAAAAAUAAAGUAGAAGGAAUCAAUCUACGCAGUUUCAAGACUUACUAUACAGCUACAAUAAUCAAGACUAUAGUGGUAUUGGUGGAGGGAGGGAUAGAUACAUAAAUCAGUAGAACAGAAUAGAAAACCCAGAAUAGACCCACACAACUAUGCCCAACUGAUUUUUGACGAAGGUGCAAAAGUAACUGGGUGGGAGAAAGCCUUUUCAACAAAUGGAGCUGGAGACCUUGGACAUCCUUAGGCAAAAAAAAAAAAAAAAAAAUGAACCUUGACCUAGUCUCACACCUUAGACAAAAAUUAACUCAAAAUAGAUCAUGGACUUAAAUGUAAAGUACAAAACAAUAAAAGAACUUUAGAAAAGAAACACAGGAGAAAAAUCUAUAAUGAGGCAAAAAGUUUUAAACAUGACAUCAAAAGCAUGAUCCAUAAAAGAAAACUGAUAAACUGGACUUCAUCAAACCUAAAAACCUUUGCUCUAUGAAAGAGAUCCAGUUAAGAGAAUGCUUUAGACUGGGAGUAAAUAUUUGCCAACUACAUAUCUGACAAAGGAUUAGUAGCUAGAAUAUACAAAGAACUCUCAAAAUUCACGAGUAAAAAACCUAGCCUUAAAUCUACUAAAGAAAUUGAAUUUUUAAUUUAAGACUUCCCCCACAAAAACAAAACUAAAAACUCUAGGCCCAGAUGAUUUUACUGGCAAAUUCUAUGAAUCAUUUAAGGAAGAAAUAAAUGUCAAUCCAACACAAAUUCUUUUAGAAAGUAGAGUAGGAGAGAACAUGUCCCAACUCACUUUGUGUGUGACCCACUAAGACGUAAACCUGGGAGCAGAAUUGCUAGAACAUAGUAAAUAUAUUUUUUUACGUUUUUAUUUUAAUCACCCAGCAUUCAUCAUGUCAAGUACACUCCUUUAUCCUCAUUGCCUAUUUAAUCCAUCCCCCCACCCAACCUCCCCUCUGGUAACCAUCAGUUUGUUCUCUAUAGUUAAGAGUCUGUUUCUUGGUUUAUCUUUCUCUUUUUUUCCCUUUGCUUGUUUGUUUCUUAAAUUUCACAUAUGAGUGAAAUCAUAUGGUAUUUGUCUUUCUCUGACUUCUUUUGCUUAACAUUAUACCCUCUAGAUCGAUCCAUGUUAUUGCAAAUGGCAAGAUUUCAUUCUUUUUUAUGGCUGAAUAUUCCAUUGCGCAUAUCCCACCUUUUUUUUAAAUUUAAUUUUAUUAUGUUAUGUUAAUCACCAUAAAUUAUAUCAUUAGUUUUUGAUGUAGUGUUCCAUGAUCCAUUGUUUGCAUAUAACACCCAGUGCUCCAUUCAAUGUGUGCCCUCUUUAAUACCCAUCACCAGGCUAACCCAUCCCCCCACUCCCCUCCCCUCUAGAACCCUCAAUUUGUUUCUCAGAGUCCAUAGUCUCUCAUCGUUCAUCUCCCCCUCUGAUUUCCCCCUCCUCAUUUUUCCCUUCCUACUACCUUCUUCUUCUUCUUCUUUUUUUUUUUUUUAACAUAUAAUGUAUUAUUUGUUUCAGAGGUACAGGUCUGUGAUUCAUCAGUUCUUACACAAUCCACCUUUUCUUUAUCCAUUCAUGUAUCAGUGGACACUUGGGCUGCUUCCAUAAUUUGGCUGUUGUAGAUAAUGCUGUUAUAAACAUCAGGAUGCAUGUAUCCUAUUGAAUUAAUGUUUUUGUAUUCUUUGAGUGAAUAUCUCAUAAUGCAAUUGCUGGGUCAUAGGGUAGUUCUAUUUUUAACUUUUUGAGGAACCUCCAUGCUGUUUUCCACAGUGGCUGCACCACUUCGCAUUCCCACCAACAGUGCAAGAGGGUUCCUUUUUCUCCACAUCCUCGCCAAGUCUUGUUGUUACUUGUGUUGCUGAUUUUAGCCAUUCUGACAGGUAUGAGGUGAUAACCUCAUUGUAGUUUUGAUUUGCAUUUCCCUGAUAAGUCAUGAUGAGCAUCUUUUCAUGUGUCUGUUAGCCAUCUGUAGGUCUUCUUUGGAGAAAUGUCUGUUCAUGUCUUUUGCCCAUUUUUUAAUUGGAUUUUUUUUUGGGGGGUUGAGUUUUAUAAAUUCUUUAUAUAUUUUGGAUGCUAACUCUUUAUCACAUGUCAUUUGCAUAUAUCUUCUCCCAUUCCGAAGGUUGUCUUUUAGUUUUGUUGAUUGUUUCCUUCACUCUACAGAAGCUUUUUAUUUUGAUGUAGUCCCAAUAGUUUAUUUUUGCCUUUGUUUCCCUUAGAACAUAGUAUAUUUAAUUAAUUUCACCAAGCGCUGCCAGAUUGCUCCCCAGAAUAACUAUACCAGGAUAACCACCUACCAACAGUGCAUGAGAAUGCUUGUUUUUCACUAUAUCCUCAACAUUUGGUAGGGAAGAGACAAUAGAAAGCCAUAUGGAGAAUGGAUUCUGGGGACAAAUGUCUGGAUUCCAAAACUGGCUGUACCAUUUUCUGACUUUGUGACCUUGGAUAAUUUAUUGAAUAUGUAAAAUGGAAUGGUAACAGUAUCUUUUAGAUACCGGAGCUUCUUAGGCAUUAGUGGGUGAAACUGGCACUUUUUUUUUUCCCCCCUAUUUCAGACAUUUCCCCCUAUUUAUCCUAUUUCUGAGUGAGGAUUUCAAAUUAGACUGAAAAACUACAAAAAUAAAUGAGUUUCAGGUGAGUUACAGAGCAGAAUUCAAUGAGAUUUUUGGUCUUGGGAUUAUUAGUGCAUGCAAUAUACAGAGCAGGAUCACAAAUUUCCUUACAAAUUUGGAUAUGCAAAUACAAUUUAGCUCCUUUCUCAAUUACUGUUCUGAUUUUCCUCACAAGUCUCACUCCCUCCUCCACUCCACUGGAUAGUAGUAGAGUCUAGAAAUAAAUUCAGUCUCUUCAGGUUUCAUGCAUUCUUUUUAAAAUAAAUGCUCAGAAAAGUCUGAGCAUUCUACCUUUGCUCCUCUCCAAAGUGGCAUCUGGGUAUAGACAGGAGGACUUAUGUGGCAUUUUGAUAUCAGAAGGAAGGGCUUGCCUGGCUUAAUACUGGUUCUUGGGUGUGCAAAAGCUGGAAUCUUCUGGGCAUGGCUGGCCCCGUCCCAUACCUAGGCAUUCUACCAACAUUUGCUUCUAAAGCUGAUAAAUUGGUGGUCUUGUCUCUCUCCACUGUCAGGCCCUUGUGCCCUUCCCUGUCAAUUUGGCCUCCUCUCAACAACCCUUUUUGGUACUGCAGACCCCAGUGAUUCUCUGCCUCAUAUCCAUCAGGCCAAAAGGGUCUCUGCUCAGUAUCCAUACCAUAAAGGGGUCAAGGGACUUCUUCCUGGCCAUGCCAGUCUGCCCUCUUAAUGCUCUUGGGGCCACAGUAGGUCCAUGCUGCAGAGCAGUUUCCUUUUAAAAUCUUAGUAGGGAAAAGGGCAAAAGCAUUUUCUCCACAGUACCUCAGUUUACUGCUGCAUCCCAAGUCCCAGAUGAGGUUGAUUUUGUCAUACUUGUCCCUCCUGUCUCUACUUCAUUUACCGCCAUCCAUCAGGACAGGAUGGGACCUGCUGCUCCCUUUUGUCGUGUGUCUUACUUCUUCCUUCCUUUCAUUGUUUGGGACUUUGAUUUCCUAAUGGGAUUUUAAUUUAUCUGAUAGACAAUAGUGAAAUUGUCUGGUCUGGAAUAUUUUCACAUGGCAGUCAUUGUAUUUGAGCCAGAUAGUCAUAUGGUACUUAUUUAUAGUCUCUGAUUAAAAGUUUAAUACCUCAAUAAAGCUGAAGUUACAAAAAUAAAAGAAGAAAAUCCUACAUAAAAGAGAAAAAGAAUGAAUUUCAGUCUAGAAAACAGUGUGGAUUUGUAGAAAAUGUUCUGUUCUAACCAAUUUUAGGUGGUUUUACAGGUACUGCACUGUUGCUCCCUGCUUCCACUGGAGGAUAGGUAGUAGCGAUGGUAUAUGUGGAUAGAGGGUACGGUUCAUUUAUCCAAACGGACUUCUUUAAUAAUCUGCUUAUUCCUCUCCUAAAGGAACAGCCCUGUCCCUGAUUGACCAUGGAAAAGAAAAGGAAAGGGUUUCUGAGGAAAGUAGAACUUUUUGCCCCUCUGCUCAGCCUUUUGUUAAAGGACAUCGGUUACACCACAUUCACUGGUGAGGCGGGUGGCUCAAGAGGUUGUGUGUCAGCGCUCAGUAUACACUGCCCUUUGCAUUACCUCCCACCACACAGUUCACACCUAGCCAUACAGCGGGGGACGUAGGUUGUACCUAGUAAGUUUUGGUGCUUAGGGGUAAGGAGAGGAGCCCAUGUAGGCCUUUUAGCUCAGUUACAUGCUAACCCAAUUUUUGUCAGAGAAGUUUGUCCUGGGAUAGCAUGCAAAGACCUAAUAAUAACUGAACAUAUCAAGGCAGAACUCUUGAUUCCCUACCCUUAGCAAGUCCCUCUCUCAAAUUUCUCAUCUCAGUUAAUGACACCAUGAUCCACUCAGUUGCUCAAGCCUAAAAUCUCGGAGUCAUCCUAGAUUUGUCCUCUUUGUUCACUCUUCACAUACAACCCAUCAGCAAGUCCUGCUGGCUUUGCCUCUAAAAUAUUUCCUAAAUCCAUCAAUUCUCCAUCCCUGCUGUUGGGACCCUAUCCAAACUCCAUCAUCUCCCACUAGAAUUACUUCAAGCCUCCAAACAAAUGUUCCUUGUUACUCUGGAUUUUCUUCCACCCAUUCGCCAUAGAGAACAGCCAGAGUGAUCUUUGCAUCAUGUCCUCUCAUACCUAAUACUCUGCACUAGAUUCCUCCUUAUGCUUUUAAAAAUAAAAUACAAGGUGAUUAUCAUGAAAAGGCUCUAUGUGAUCUACCCCUGUCUAUAUCUUUCCAUCAUUUUUAAUCACCCUACCCCUCAUUCACCAUACUCCAGCUACAUGUUCUGUCCUGCCUCAAGACCUUUGCGCCUACUGAGGGCUCUACCCAGAAACACUCCUCCAGGGGCGCCUGGGUGGCUCAGUCGUUAAGCGUCUGCCUUCAGCUCGGGUCAUGAUCCCAGAGUCCUGGGAUCGAGCACCGCAUCGGGCUCCCUGCUCGGCGGAGAGCCUGCUUCUCCCUCUCCCUCUGUCUGCCGCUCUGCCUACUUGUGCUCUCUCUCUAUCUCUGUUAAAUAAAUAAAUAAAAAUCUUUAAAAAAAAAAAAGAAACACUCCUCCAACAUCUUCAAAUAGCUCUCUUUCUCAUAUUCAGGAAGCAUCGCCUGACCACCUAAACGAUACUAACUGCUCCAUUCUAGUCGUGCUCUAACACAUCAGCCUCCUUUAUUUUCUUUAUAGCACAUACAGAUCAAAUUUAACUUCCCUAUACACUGACCUUUUCUUGUCUGUCUCCCUGCUCUGGAACAACCUCAUCAGUGCCAGGAAGAGCAUCUGGUUCAGAGGAGUGCUCAAUAAAUAAUUGUUGAAGGGCUCAGUUGGUUAAGCGUCUGACUUGAUUUCAGCUCAGGGUCAUGAGAUCAAGCCCAGGCUGGGGCUCCCUGCUCAGUGGGGAGUCUGUUUGAGAGUCUUUCUCCCUCUGCCCCUCCCCCCAGUAGCCUGCAUGCUCUCCCGCAUGCGCUCUCUCUCUCAAAAAAUAAAUAAAUCUUUAAAAAAAAUAAUUGUUGAAUGCACAUAAAACCUUGUAUCUUAUUUGGCUUUUGUUUUUUAUGUAUAUGACUCACUUGGAGAAUCUAUCACAGCGGAGGUUGAUGACUGGUAGGGAAAGAUGGAGGCAUUCUCGAUAAUACAAUGAAAGCUUUAAAAAAAUAAUUUUCAGUUCUAAUGUUAUCUCUUCAAAAAUAUCGCUUGUGAUAAAAAAAUAUAUCUCUUGUGGAUUUAACACAAGUACUCAGACCCCAGUAGAAAGCUGGGUGAGGAUUCGGGAUCCUGUGUAUUACCCAUCCCCAUCUACCAAGCCCCUGGGAUGCAUGACCAACACCAGGCCCAUCUCCCACAGGAUACCAACAUUCCCCUCUCAGUUGUGCACACUGGGUCUUCCCCUCAGCAGGGCAAUUCUCCAUGUGCAGACCCCCUGCACUGCUAAAUCUCAGAAAUCCUUCAUUGAAUCACCCCAACUUUAUUUUGUUUGAGGGCUCACAGCAAAGGUGGGCUGCACACAUGGACCCUCCGUUGGUCACAGGUGGCGGGGCUGAGCUUCGUGGGCAGGGGCAGGUGCAUCAGAAUGUGCCUGCUGUGCAGCCUAGUGAUACCUAGGGGCCCUUCCAGGUACACAGGACAGGAAUACACAGCCAGGCCAGGUGGGGGUGGCAAGUCACUGGGGCCCAGGGCCUGGGCACUGACGCUGAUCGGAGGCAGAGGGCUGGGCUGGCUGCAGGUGCUGUCCUGCAGGGCCCCUGCUAACGGGUCCCACUCGGCAUUCUGGAGCUGGAGCCCAAUCAGCAGCAGCCCCAUCUCUGGAACGGUAGGAUUUGGACCAUUCACCACCUAGAGGUGCCAGAAGCUGAUCAGGCAAGGCUAGGAAGCUGAGGGUUCCUAGUGGAGGGGUAUCAGUGCAUAUGGGGCUCCUGAGGAGGCAAGAUCACCAAGAGGCAAGGUGGGGUAAUUGUAAGGUGUAAUCAGGGAUUUGAGGGGCGGCAUGAAGAUACCUGGAGGUGCAAAGGGUUGCUGUUCAGCUCCUGAUGUUCAUGGGGGAGCCCACUGGAGCUGGAGCCUUGGCAACCAGAGAAAUUCGAGCUAGGCGCACGCUGGUUCAGGGUGGUGGUAGCAAAGGUAGCCUCCCAACGCAGUGACAGCAGCAGGCGGCGUGGGUGGCGAAAGGCUGAGAGGUGAAAGAUGCGCUCUGGUACUUUGGUGUCCACGCCCAGGUAGCGAACCAACAGCUGCCCACGGCGUGACAGCUGUCGCAGCCAGUGCCAGGGUGGCUGGGGGCCAGCAGGCACAUGGGGACGCCAAGGCGGGGGUAGGCGGCCAGUCCAGAGAGCUUGGGCCACGGCCGCACAGCGCGGGGAGGCGCACGGGGGCGCGCCCUGCAGCUGCUGCAACAGGCAAUCCAGGUCCCGAUGCAGUGCACCCGCCAGCUGGCUCAGCUCCAGCACCUCUGUCUGGAGGAAGGCCUGCAGAGGCCGCUGCGAGCUCAGUCCCAGCACCAGCCACCCGGCGCCAGACUCUUCCUGACGGGCGGUCUCCGCCAGCAGAGCCUGCAGCGACUCCAGCCUCCACUUGGCUUGCACUAGGCGCUGCCGCAGCCGCCUUUCAGCGUGUCGGGAGCCUCCUCGAGACGCAAAAACCCAAGUGGGUAAACUCCGCUGCAGCGCGUUCAAGAGAGUGCGGCUCUGGCGUCGUAACAGCCAGGCCUGGGGGCCAGCGCUCAGUCCGCAGCUCUGGGGUUCAGGAGGUGUGGGCAAGAGGUGCAUCUGGGCCUUGCACUCUUCCAAAGCAUCCAGCUCCCCUAGCUCUUGGAGGUGAAGGGGAGGGGUGACACUUUAAGCCACCAUCCCAUAACUGUGUGAAUAUUGCCCCAUCCUACACCUUUGUUGGUACCGCGGUUCACAUUCCUGAGGGGGGCAUUACACAGACUGUGCCCCAGCCCAACACAGGUACCUGGCUGCAGCUUACCUGGGCUGGGCAACAGAGUAGACAGCAGAUACUGGGGUGUGUGUGGUUGAGCCCAGCUCCGGCUGUUGGGGCUCAGGCAGGCCUGUGUUAGGCUAAUCAGGGCCUCCCUGUCCUUCUUGUCUCCCACAGGACCCCCAUAGAAAACGGAAGCUGAGAAUAAGGUCAGAGUCCCUCAGUUUUAGCCCCUGCAGUUUCCACCACCUCCCAAACCAAAACCAAAGCUGGGAAUCAUGCCCCUAUCCCAGUACUCCCACUCCUGCCCUUUCAGGGCUGUCCUGGGGGCUGAUGACCACAUGGGACAGGAAGGGCCUCACCCGCUAGCUCCUGCAUGGCAGCACUGGGAUUGCUAAGGCCGGCCCACAGCUGCUCUUGGAUCUGAAGGACCUGCGUCAGGGUCACUGUACUCCUGGGGGAGGGGAGCAGGAAGUAGGCUUUCAGAACCAUCUAUAUGCUGAGGACUCUGGUCUUUCUAGCCCAAGCUCCCAAGCUCCAGACUCACGACGGUUCACUAGUCAUUGCCACUUAGCACUUCAAAUUCAACUUGCUUUCAACUGAAAUCAUCAUUUCCUCCUAUACCAGCCCCCAGUUGUCCUAGGCAGAAAUCUGGGAGCCACCCUUGACUCCUCUUUCUUCCUCACUCCAUAUUUACUUUCUAUCCGUGCUGGGACUACCCUAGUCCCUACCACCCAUACCAUGGUCUUGUCCCUUCAGACUGCCAGAGCCUCCUAAAACGGCUCUGCUUGCCUCCAGCCCUGUCCCAUCUGGUCCAUUCUCCACACUGCAGCCAGAGUGAUCUUUCCAGCAGAUAAUUAGGAUCACACUUCUUCUACUUAAAACUCUCCAGUGGCUUCCCACUAUCCUCAGGAUAAAAUCAGGCCUCUUGCCAUGGUCUUAUAGGCCCUUUACCAUAAGCCUCGCCUGUCCCCACCCAACCCCCAGCAUGUCCAUCUUAGCCACAUUGAAAUAUUUUUCCUCCUGCUGAGCUUAGUUCCCUCUGCGCAGAAAAGCCCCAUCUCCACCUGAUCUGCCUCUGCUUCCAAGACUCAAUUCAAAGCAAGAUUUCAAAGUCCUUGGAGGAGCCUUUCUUGACUUGCCCUUGCCCGCACACUUUGGUGCUGCCCAGGCAGUAAUUAGUCGUACUCCUCAGGGAUAUGGAAAAUGCUCAGUGUUUGCUGAAUGACUGACUGAACAAGAUGGACAGGGGUCCCUCACCAGCGCCCCCUGUGUGCCUGCAGCUUCAUUCCAUAUUGCUGCCGGUGUAGCAGGAGGCCAUGUAAGAGAAGCAGAGGCAGCACCCUUGCUGGGGGUUGCACAGAGAGUUCUUGCUGGGCUAGCUCCAAGCUGUCCAUCAAGACGUGGCCCAGCUCCAGAGACUGCUCCCAGAAAACAGGCAUGGAGUGCUGAGUCAGCGCAGCUGGGGCAGAAGGAGAGUGCUGGGUCAGCACAGCACAGUUGCCCUCCUCCUUCAAUCUGAGAGCCUAUAGCGGGGACUCCUCACCUGGUAAGGAAGCAAUAGCCUCUGCAGACAAAAUAAGCCAAAGACGGAAAUCUCUGUGGACGGUCGUCACACUCCUGCUUGCAGGUUGGGCUAGAAGCGGUUCUAACUCCAGGUCCGAGACCACUAGGGGUCAGAUAUGGGGCUGAGAUCAAUCACUGGGUAAAGGGUCAGACACAAGUUUAGGGGUCAGACUUGAGGCUCUGGGGUCAGGAGUGAGAUCCAGGGGUGAGGGGAUCAAGCUCAGGCCCAGUACUGGAUUAGGUAGCAGACACACCCCUGGCUCCAUCCAACAGCCCCAGCAAGGGCUGUAGCAGCUCCUUUGGCCAGCGAGGCAUCAGAUGACAGUUCUCCAACACCAGCCAGUGCCCUCUGUGCAUAGCCUGGCAUAGCGUGCUGACCACUGCUGACACUGGGUCCCAGGCUUCAGAGCCUAGGGCGAUCACCUCCAGAUGCUUCUGCCCCUGAAGACCAACAGAGAGGUGGCAGAGAACUCAAAGUGAUCCUGGGGUGACCCAAGGGACCCAAAGGAAUGCCACAAAUGACCCCAGAAAUCCCUGAGUUAGCCAGAAAGAUCUAUAAGAAUACUGGGAUGGGGCCACCACACCCCAUCUUGGCCCACAGGGGUCUGGUGUCUCUGUGGCCAAGGGACUAGGCUCAAACCUGCUCAUGCCUGGCAGCCAGUUUCUGGAUGACAGUCAGGGGAUGCAUGGUGGCUGUGGGGUGACCAGGUGGUGGCAACAAGAUCAGCACAGGCUGAGUAGCCUGGCUGUGUUCGAAGGGUAUGGUGGAGGCACCCAGGUUUUCGUCCAGGGGCCGGCCCAGGAGGCUGGUGGUAAAGUCUGCCAGGGCUCCUGCCAGGCACUCAGGUCGCAGCACACGCCACAGAAUCAGCUUCUGGAGGAGGCUGAGUGGAUCGGGUCCAGGCCCAGGCCCAGGUGCAGGACCCAGCACUGUGGAUGACAAUGACAGGUAAGCCUGCCAAACACUGGACUGGCCUGCCAGGGAUGCACACAGCCCCGGAAAUGGGGGCAACAUCUCCAACAGGCCACAUUCAUGCCAGGCUCUCAGCCCCAGCCAGGCCGGCCGAGCCACCCCUGGCUUGCUGUAGCCCGUGCUAGGGGAGGCUGCCAGGCCAGGCACAAAGGCUAGCCUCUCCAGCUCUGGUGCUUUCCUUGCCGCUCGCAGCAGCGCCAAAGCACCCAAGGCUCCCACCAGUGGUACGUGGAUCGGGCCCAGGGCAGCCACGGUGCUGCCCAGUAGCUGGCGGGUCAGCUGUGUUCUCAGAUGCAGCAGAUGGCUGGGCAGGUCCUCCCCCUGGUGAAUCUCACACUGCUUCAUGCUGUUCAGAGCCCGCUUGGUGGCCGCUAGCCAGUUGUCGGGGCUCAUGCGGAAAAGGGGCAGCAGGUUCUGCAGCGGGCUAAGGGCCUUUAUUAUGGCCAUCGCGUGCCAGACCACACGCCUAUAGGGCGCCCACAAUGCCACCUCCUGCAGUCUCAGCUCUUCUAGAUCCUCGCAGUGAGCGCGCAGCUGACAUAGCUCUGCCUGCGCCCUCACCAUGUCCCGUAGGAAUUUAGCUGGUUUCUGAUGUUUUGGGUUCUGGAGUAGCAUCAGCAGCAGCCGCUCCUGCAAACAGCCACCCAUUCCGUGGGUCUGAUCCUUUCCCAUAGUCCUCAGCCAUUCACACCCACCUCUGCCCCCACACCCGGGCCCCUCCAAAGCUCACCCCCACCCAUAGCCAGGACCCCCAGGCACCUCAGCAGCCUCCACAGCUGCACAGCUGUCCAGGGCUCUGGUCUUUAGGUCCCGCCAACGGCUCUUGAGCUCGGGACACUCUAUGCCCAAGAUUUCAUGCAGCAUCUGGUCUUCUAGGAUAUCCAUGUUCAGGCUCAGAUCCAGCACAUUCAGCCCCUUCAGCAGUUCAUAACCUAGCACUUGGGGUCACAUGGGAGAUGCUUAACCCUUCCCCCUUGGCAAAGCCAGUGGCUGGGGUACACCAGGCACAUGUCCCGACCACAGUCCUGAGCUUGCUCGGGGCCAGACUGAGUGAAGCGGGAGACCUAGUGUGUCCACAAAGCUGUGGUGGCAACUUACCCACUGGGACUCACCUUUUUCCAAGGCACUGAGGGGGAGACUAGUGCUCAGAUAGAGACAGAAGCCCGGCUGCACCUGGGAAGGGCUCAGCUCCUCCCGCUGCAGUAGCCACUGCAGUUCUUGGCACCCUAGGCCCAGCUCCAUGUUGGUCAGUAGCACGGGCAGGCCUAUGAGGGGGCGACAAGGACACCCUACCCACCAUGCCAGCACCGCGCCCCUCCCACCCACCCCCCCAAAAUCUGGCUCUGACCAGCUCCCCGCUGGCUAAUGGGAGGAUUCCCUCAGGGCUCUUCCACGCAGUUAGUGCCUGGCUUAGGGAUGGGAGCUGAGGUCAGGCUGGGGGUGAGAGGCUUGUGGGGCCACAGAGGGGGACACGGUGGAUGGGGACCCAUUCUCACCACUGGCAGCUGCCUCCCAGAGCUGAGGACCCAACUCUGGGUCAGUGCCUGAGAGUACACGAAGGUAGGGAAGGGGCAGAGACCCAGUGUCAGAGGCUGGCCUUGACCUCUGCCUCUCUGUCUCAUCCUCCUCCUCGUGUUCUUGCUCCUCUUCCUUUUCUCCCUCCUCCUCCUCAUUUUCCCUGUCCUCUGUCUUCCGCUCUUUUGUCUUGUCCUUAGCCUUAUCACACUCUUCACGACUGUCGUCUUCCUCCUCUUCUUCUUGAUUUCUCACAAAGCCCUUCUCUGUGGCAGAAAGAUGCAGAGGAACUCCUCUCAGAGGAUGAGCCAGGCUCCUAGGGAGCAUCGUUCACCCAAGGGCUCCAUCUCAUGAGGGAAGGCCCACAGGAAGACAACUUAGGAGUCACUUAAGCUCCUUCCGACUCAAUUUCCUUAUCUGCAACUCGUCUGCAACAUGGGAUUGAUAUUAAUGAGUACCUCCCAGGGUUACAAGGGGCAGAAGACAUGAAAUGAUAACAUAGAAAGCACUCUGCUGGACCCAGGAAGCACUCCACAAAUGGUAGCUGCCAUUACUGUUUCUCUAGAACUCCAGAGAGGGGUUCUAGGUAUCCCUGAAAUCAGUUCCAUUUCUGCCUUUCACCAGACUGGUUAGAAGAGUCUGUGUAUUUCUCUUUUUGCCUAAGCUAAUUUUCCAUCACAAUGAAACAAAUUGUUGCUAAUAUAGAAAUCAGUGCCUGGAAGUAGCAACUUGUAAGUGAAAGGCCAUAAACUGGAAUUAGCCAAGUCAUGGGGUAUAUGGUGGACCCUGAUGGCUCCCUCCCUAGUCUCCUCCUUUGCCGCCUCUACUGCAGGAACUGGAAAAGAAAAAUAAUAUAUUUUUUUAAGUAUUAAGAAAUUUAAGAAUUUUAAGAAUUUUUUUAAAGUAUUAAGCACUGGGGCACCUGGGUGACUCAGUUGGUUAAGCGUCUGCCUUCAGCUCAGGUCAUGAUCCCAGGGUCCUGGGAUCGAGCCCCGCAUCAGGCUCCCUGCUCAGCGGGGAGUCUGCUUCUCCCUCUCCCUCUGCCUCUUCCCCCUGCUUGUGCUGUCUCUCAAAUAAAUAAAUAAAAUCUUUUUUUAAGAAGUAUUAAGCAUUAUGAAGUAGGCGAAUGGAGGUUGCCUGGUCCACAGUUUAGUGGAUUCAUUUCCUAUUGCUUAACAAAUUACCACAAAUUACCGCUUAGCAGCUUAAAACGACAUCCAUUUUUUUUUAAUUUUUUUUAAGAUUUUAUUUAUUUAUUUGAGAGAGAAUGAGAGACAGAGAGCAUGAGAGGGAGGAGGGUCAGAGGGAGAAGCAGACCCCCCGCUGAGCAGGGAGCCCGAUGCGGGACUUGAUCCCGGGACUCCAGGAUCAUGACCUGAGCCGAAGGCAGUCGCUUAACCAACUGAGCCACCCAGGCGCCCAGCACCCAUUUAUUAUGUUUGAGCUCAGAAGGUUAGAAACGCCACACAGCAUGACUGGAUGCUCCGCUCGGGGUUACACAGUGCUAAUCAGGCAUCAACUGGGGCUGCAGUUCUCAUCAGGGGCUAGGGUCCUCUUUCAGGCUUACUGGUUUUUGACAGAAUUCAUUUCUACCUCACACUUUCCCAGUAGCCCACUCCAUCUUCAAGCCAGCAACAGUUUCUUGAAUUCUUCUCAUGUUUCAAAUCUUCCUGUCUUUUCUUUCCGCCUUGCUUCUUUGAAGGGCACAUGUGAUUACAUUGGGCACACCCAGAUAAUCCAGGAUAUCUCUAUCUUAAGGUCAAUUGGUUAGUAAUCUUAAUUACAUCUGCAUAGUCUUUCCUGCCAUGGAACAUAGUUAUAGGAGUAACAAUGGAGGACAAAGGUGAUGGGGGCCAAAACUCUGCCUACCACAUUUGGCUAUUCAGACUUCUGGACGAUCUUUUGCUUUCCUGAUAAAAGGGAGAGAAAUGGCAAGCAGCAACUCUGACAUGAUGCUUCGGGGGGAUAGCAGCCAAUAUGGUAACAAAUUACCACAAAUAUGGUGGCUGGGAAAAAAAAAAAAAACCAAAAA